UCGUCCAAAUGGAUCGGCGAUGGUGCCGCCCUCCCCCUUUUCUACGGAGUCAGAUGUCCGCCGCGGAGAAAGGGGCAGUACAGCGGCAGGGCCACUCGAGGCGGUCGAGUUGAGUCUUCUCCGAUGCCUGGGUCAAUUGGGGAACAAGGAGAAUGUUGUUCACAAGGACAUGAUACAUUGCUUCUCCUGUGAACAUUUGCAGGCAGUUACCAUCAAUGUGAAUGCCUGGAGUGAUGCCGGACAUGCUGUGAAUCAUCUGUAUGAUAUCCUCUACAUGAUGGACCGCGACGACAUUCUGGUCGGUGUCGGUGGUGAUGGCGGCAUAUCAGACGAUGGAACCAUUUAUCCCAACGUUGGUGGUUAUUUACCUCUCAUUGAUCAGGGCAUCACAACGGUUGGGGAAUGCCGAUAUAGGCAAGCUAUUCCAAUAGAAGGUGGUGGACGGUUGGACGUCGACACUAACGGGGGAAUCAGAAGGAGCUUCCUUCCACAGGGGAACAGAAGAUAUAUACCACUUCAUCAACCUACAACUCAGCAAGUAAUGAUAGAGACAAUAUCUGCUGGCCCCACAACCGUCAUUCUCAUUGGAUCACAUACAAACUUCGCUAUUUUUCUUAUGACAUAUCCGCACCUGAAAAGAAAUGUGGAACACAUAUACAUUAUGGGUGGUGGUGUGAGGUCGAAGAACCCAACAGGUUGCUGUCCGCAAAAUGCUACCUCAUCUUGUACACCACAGCAAUGUGGUGACAUUGGUAACUUGUUUACUAGUUACAAUACCAAUCCUAAUGCAGAAUUCAACAUAUUUGGUGAUCCCUUUGCUGCAUAUCAGGUGUUUCAUUCUGGCAUUCCAAUCACCCUUGUCCCUCUUGAUGCAACUAAUACAAUUCCAGUCAACGAAGAUUUCUUUUAUGCAUUUCAACAACAUCAAAGUACAUUCGAGGCACAAUACUGUUUCAAGUCUUUGAAAAUGGCUCGAGACACAUGGUCCGAUGAUCAAUUCCAUGCAAGCUAUUUCAUGUGGGAUUCCUUUACUUCUGGUGUAGCCAUCUCUAGCAUGCGCAAUGACAAGAAUUUCCAAGAUGGAAAUGAUUUUGCCGAGCUUGUUUAUAUGAACGUCACAGUAAUAACUUCAAAUGAACCGUAUGGUGUAUAUGAUAGUUCGAACCCAUUAUUCAGUGUCCAUACAAUUCCCAAGUUUGGUCUUGAAAAAGGUGGAGUUCAUAGUGGUCAUGUUCAAACUGGAAUUACAGACAACUUCUGUCUCAUCAAGGGAAGUAGGAAAGGAAGAUGUGAGGAUGGAUACACUAAGGAAAUGUCUGGUCCAGAAGCAGUCCGUGUUCGUGUUGCCACAAAGGCUAAACCAAACACCGAUAAAAAUAGCCAUCUGAAUAGGGAGUUUUUCAAGAGUUUCCUAGAGGUCCUAACUCUCUCUGAGAACUCGGGCCGUUUAGACAUUAUGUCACAGUUUCCAUUUUACAGAGAGGUUCUUUACAAGUCAGACUUCGUUAACAAAACUAAGGGGAAAGUGGUCAUUUUUGACAUGGACAUGAGUCCUGGAGAUUUUAUUUCCCUUAUAUACCUCUUGAAGGCACCUACUGAAGUAAUAGAUUUAAAGGGAAUUAUAGUUAGUUGCAAUGGUUGGGCAAAUGCCGCAACUAUUGAUGUCGUUUAUGACAUUCUACAUAUGAUGGGUCGCGAUGACAUUCCUGUUGGCCGUGGUAAUUCCACUGCAUUAGGCACUCCAACCCUUGGUUGCAAGUAUGUCAGUGCGAUUCCCCAAGGCAGUGGUGGUCUUCUUGACUCUGACACUCUUUAUGGACUAGCUCGGUCUUUGCCAAGAAGUCCCAGAAGGUGCACUGCUGAAAAUUCAGUAGAACAUGGUGCUCCUAGAAAUACUGGUCAUCCGGAACUUCGUCAACCUUUGGCUUUUGAAGUUUGGCAGUCCGUUAAAAAGCAACUUGAUCCAAGUGAGAAGAUCACUAUACUUGCCAGUGGACCUCUUACAAAUUUGGCCAACAUUCUUCUCUCCGACAAGAAUGCAAGUUCUGUAAUAGAGAGUGUAUAUGUUGUUGGAGGACAUAUCAGAGAUGAAAAUGAUUCGAACGGAAACGUGUUCACUAUUCCAUCUAAUAGAUAUGCGGAAUUUAAUAUAUUUCUUGAUCCCUUAGCUGCGAUAGUAGUUCUAGAGUCCACUUUGGAUAUCACAUUGAUUCCCCUGAGCUCUCAGAGAAAAGCUGCUUCCUUUCCGCCUCUCCUUGAAGCUCUAAAGCAUGCACAACAUACUCCAGAAUCAAGUUUUGUCCUCCACUUACUGUCAUUGCUGCAUGACCUUCAACAGAAGCACAAGCUGUAUCAUCAUAUGGAUAUAUUUCUUGGAGAACUACUUGGUGCUGUUUAUCUGGUGGAAGGAUCUAAUAUCGAACAGUCAUUACAACUGAAGACAAUAAGCAUUGUUGCCAACAAUUCAACAAGCACGGACGGACAGGUUGUAGUUGACCAACAGAGCACAUAUUCGGUGAAGGUGUUAGUAGAUUUCUACAGUGAAGAAUAUUACGAGCAAGUUGCCAAUUAUCUGAGCAAAAGGGAGCGAUCUGCCGUUAUUGGUAGUUUUGCAGAACAGAUGGCAUCAUGGAGCAGGCAACCAGAGAACUCGAGGGUGUGAAGACUACUUUUGCAUGGUAGCAGCAAUAUCGAAAUGAACAAAAAGUUCAGUGUCCUUGCUUGAUUAGAUGCCAUAGCUUAUCGAAGAGUAAAUAGACCAUUUGAUUAUUUUGUCGCAUCUUUAGUUCAUGGAGUUGUUGGACAUGUAUGUAACUGUACCGAUGGAACAUGUUCAUCUUUUCAUGAUGUUUUCUGGUACUAGAAAGCAACUUGUUUCUCAA